AGAACCAAAUGGAAACUUGAACUCUAGACCGACCGUUUUUCCGUCCAUAUCUAAAGAUGAACAACCCUACUUAGCGCCUUCAAACUCCCGCCAUUUCAAAAUCUCCCGUCCCAAUCACUCUGAUCCCACCUCCCUUCAUAUACUCCGCCAUUUCUUCACCACAAUUUCUAACCAGAGCGCAAGAGCCCUGUUUUUUGAAACCCUGAAUCGUCGUCGGCCGUCGCAGCUCAAGGCACUCGGUAUUUAGAUCUGCUCGAUUGCUCGAACCUAGAAUGGAGUGCGGAAGGAACAUAUCGUUUUUCAAAGACAUUAAAUCUAGGGAGCUCAACGGAUUCAGAGUGAAAAAAAGACCUUUUGUAAGCAUUCAAUCCUCACUAUUCAGUGAAAUAGGAUCUGUUUCUGUUGAGCACGGAGGUCAGACAUCUCCUCCCAUGGCUAUCUCCUUCUGCAAGACAAGUAAUAAUUGCCAUAUAAUUGCUGUUUCGGAUGAGGGUGGUUACAUUAGCUUGUAUAAUACACGCUCAAAGUUUCUGUCUUCUUCCAAUUACCUGGAAAAUGCAGAAAGGGCUAAGAUUUCUGAAUGGGUUGCACAUGAAAAUGCUAUUUUUGACAUUUGUUGGAAUCAGGAAGAUAGUAAUAUAUUAACAGCUUCGGGCGAUCAAAGUAUAAAGGUAUGGGAUGCAAAUGAACAGAAAUGUGUAAGUGCAUUGAUGGGCCACACUGGAAGUGUGAAAUCUCUUUGUGUACAUCCUACAAAUCACAACAUUAUUGUAUCUGGAUCAAGAGAUGGGUCCUUUGCCCUAUGGGAUUUGAGGUGCUAUAAUAGCAGUUUCCAGAGACUUUGUAUGCUGCCUGUUGCUAUGGUGCGUGAGGCUCAUGUCUCUUCUUGUUUGAGCCGUGGUAGACGGAAAAAGGCUUCUUCUAUGAGCAUCACAUCUGUUCUGCAUUUAAAAGAUGAGAUCUCCAUAGCAACUGCCGGAGCUGUUGACAGCAUAAUAAAGUUAUGGGACACAAGGAAUCUGAAGUCUCCUUUCAGCCAGGCGUGCCCUCAUCCAGAUGUGUCAGCUGAGAAGGAAAGUAAGCUACAUGGUAUAUCUAGUUUAUCUCAAGAUUUAAAUGGAGUUUUUGUCUCUGCAGCUUGCAUGGAUAGCAGAAUAUACCUAUACAACGUCCUUCAGCUAGAGUUAGGGCCAGUGAAAACUUUCUCUGGAUGCCGAAUUGAUUCAUUCUUUGUGAAGUCAUCCAUAAGCCCUGAUGCAGCUCACAUGUUAAGUGGCUCUAGUGAUGGGAAUGCAUACAUAUGGCAGAUAAGGAAUCCUCUAGCAGAUCCCAUUAUACUGAAUAGCCACGAAGGAGAAGUUACUGCAGUAGAUUGGUGCCCAUCUGAGACGGGGAAAAUAGCAACAACAUCAGAUGAUUUCACAGCCCGCAUUUGGAACAUCAAAAGCAGUUGUUACUCUAACACAAGAUCCCCUUCUUCCAUUCGGAAGCGAGUAAUGGCACCUUCAGGCAAUGAAUGCCGGAUGUUAAAACUAUUUCCAGAUGAAAAAACAGAUUCCACCAUUAAUGAUUUCAAUGUUAGUGGUUCAGAUGUAGCAUGCAAAUUCAAUUCUCCCUGCAAUGUUACUGUCUCAGAAAUAAGUACUCAUGAGUCUCAGAAAAGGAAACACUCAGCAUUAGGCUAUGAGAUGAAAGACAACAUGGAAAAGACUCUUGAAUCUUCAACAACGAGCCCUUCUUCUGUUCUCGUUCCUCCAUUUUCUCGCAAGAAAAGAACAAUCAGAGAUUACUAUCUGGUGACCCCGUAAGGAAUGCAUGUUAGUUGUGCAGUAUGUAACAUUACAAGGGAAGUGACAUGGUGUUCAUUUCAUCUGCCUUCUAAAUUUUUGAAGUGACAACUACUAAGAUUUUAUUCCAUAAUCCUCAUUCUUAUAUUAAUAUGUAACAUGCCAUAAAUGCAGAAUUGCCUU